AUGCCCAUGACAUCAUUUUCGUCGAUCUCCCAUCAGCUGAAUGGGGUGCAGGAGCAUAGGCACAGUCCACUGGUAAGUUCGCGGCCCGUUAGCUCUGGUGUGCGCAGCGGCUAUGAAGCAAUUUAUCCGAGCCCCUCCAAGCCACGGCGGGAGAGUGUGCUUUUUUUGGCCCAAACGCCCAAGCCGAUAGACUUUCACUCAGCCGAGGCACAGGAGGCAAUGGAGGUUUUGCGGAGGCUUCUUUGCCCUGUGAUUAUGCGAAGAGUUUUGAGGAUAAGAAAAAGAAAGCGGUGGCCUGGGGAGAAUGCGAUGCGGGUGUAUACAACGAACUCCAUUCACCACGCCCUCCGUUCUUCUGAUUCAAUUAUGGCGGAUUGGCCGGAUGAAGUUUUUACGCUGCUUGCGGAAGAGGCAUUGUAUUUUUAUUUGGAACCGAAUGAAAUCAUUGUUUACACGAAUGAAAGUUACAUCUCUACUGGGGUUGUAGUUCUGCUGUACGGUGAAGUGAAAGAACAAAAGGACUAUUUGGAUUCUUCAACCUCCUUGACUAGACCCCAAAUUUGCCGACAUGUAGCCCCAGCAGUAUUUUGCGAUCAGGCUGUUCUUUGUAGGGAUGUCUCAACUUCGCUCAUAGCAGCAAAUGGGUAUGCCGAUGUGGCUGUGUUGCCUGCUCGAUGGGUGUGGAAUGUAAUUAAUAGUUACGUUUUACAGCACUCCGGCGGAUGCGUGCUGGAUUGCUUAAAGUUUUCUAUCGCACCCAUAUGUGAGGAGAUAGUGAACAAAAAAUACUUUCCCACAUCGUUGGUACUUCGUCGAAGUUGGAUGUGGUCAUUGUUCAGCUCAAGAGACAGAAUACGUCUUGCUCGGUUAAUGACAGUAAAGGUGUUUUGCAUAGGUGACACGUUAUUCUGCGAGGGGGACUAUUAUCCAUACAUGCACAUCAUUCGACGUGGAAUUGUAAAGGUAGUAGUCAAGAAUCAACCGCUGAUAGAGCUUGAUUUAGGGUCAUCAUUUGGUGAGGUAAGCAUUUUAUUUGACGAACCUCGUUGCUGUCGUGCUGUCGCCAGCACAAUGUGUGAGGUUUACUGUCUACAUCGAAAGCAUUUAAUGAAAUACCUGCGGAAGAAACCACAGUUGUAUAAUGCCGUGAUACAAACAGCGCUAGAACGACGGGAACUCUGGUUGGAGGAAGGGAAGAAUCGAAAUAUCAUGGGACUUGCCGGAUUACUCGCUGGAGUUCCGUGUCUGAGCCAAAGUACGGAGAAGGUGCGCAUUUCUUUGGCAAUGGCAGCAAAGCCACAUCUUCUUCCUCCAAAUCAGACAUUGUUUGCAAAAGAUACGCUAUGCGAUCAACUCUUUAUCAUUGGGCGUGGGAGCGUGAUGUUGGUGGAUGGAAAUGGGGAUCGCGUUGUAAGAUCAACGGUAGAAUUUGUGGGCGAGUUUUGUCUUCACCCGCAUCGUUGGCCAACGAAUGUGAUUACAUGUACCUCUGUAGAUGGAUGGUCCCUUUCAGUGACUGAGAUCAUGAGUACCCUUUCCACCAUUAAUGCGGGCGCCCAGGCGGUGGAAAUCUGUCGGCAGGGUAUUGAGUUGUAUCGAGCACAACAUGGGUCCAACAGCGUCAUUGAGGAAAUUACGGGCUCAGGAUCCCAUUUGCCGACGGUUCCAGACGCUGUUGACGCGAUCUCGCUUGCAAAGAGGGAGACACUUUCAUACACGGGUGAUUCACGGGCUCCAGCCCAGUUGCCGUCGUCACUGCUGGAGCAAUCCGAGGGGAAGAACAUUGAUUUUGACUGGAAUGCAUACGCAAUGAAAGACAAGUCUACCCUCCCACUAGAAGAUAAAGAGGGCACGGAUGUGUCGAAGCGUAGUGAACGGCGAGAAUUUGAACAGAAUGUUGAGAACGAACUCGGUUGGCGUGUGGGGGGAAUGAUAUCUGUACCCAAUAAGAAGAGUUCAAGUGCUGUGGACUGUGACUUUUCCGCGGAUGUUGAUGAAAUGCAGCAGGUGUUAGUUGAACAGAUUUUUCUAAUGCCCACAGAGCGUCAACCGAUUCUUCUUCGGCAGAUCAACCAGAGCAAGAUUACGCUUAUCUUUGACGAUGAGUUAGAGCCAUUAGAAGAAUUGUCUUCGGAAAACACAACCGCAAAUAAUCUCGCGCUGCCUCAAUAUGUUGUUCCCUCCCCCGUAGUCUACACCCUUGACGGUAUCACCGCGUACAGCGAUGGGAACCCGUUACCGGUUACUGAGGCCCCCCCGAUCAUUAGCCCACGCACCGGUUUAGAUUUUGCAGCUACAACAACACGUCGACGCAGUCACACACCUGAAGUUCAGCUUUCCCCCCCUGGGCAGUUUGGCACACAGCGUUUAUUUGAGGAAUUAGGAAGUUUGACACUAAGAUCCCGCCCACAGAGUGGAGUUCCGUCGCACUCACGUUCAUUGCGGCCAACUUCAGGGUUUUCCUUGAGGCGUACUCCACCCCGUACCGCUUCAGCUGGAUGUAAUCAACGGUUGAGCCGAAGCGUUAGUUUUUGUAGCCGAACCAGUGCCAUGGGUACCCUCACUGUGUCUCAAGUCUCAGAGAACAUAAGCACAUCUGCGCAGGGGAACGCCAGCAGUUGGACAAAGGCCAAUAGUAUUGAUCUUUCACAGAAGGCAAAGAUCACCGCUUCCAUGUUUCAAUCAGCAUUAGAUCGAUACGUUAAGUUAGAUGAUCAGAGUUACUUUCAGGAAAUGGUUCGCGUUUGUUUGCCAUCUCAACCGGAGGAACAGUGGUUUGAGGAGGACACGAGAAAACUCACCAAAAAGAAGGAAGGAUUAGUUUUAUUGCUGAUGCAUGUUAGGAGUUGUAAGGGUAUCGACAUUGAUAAGGCCGUGAAGUCACCCAUAGUAAAAGUGUCCACAAAUGCUCGUGUUCUUAUGCGCACUCCGGUUAUGGAGAACCUUGAGGAACCAGUGUGGCCCAUUGAAGCUGCCUCAUUUAUUCACUUUAUUCAUGCCGAUUCAGAGGUUUAUUUUAAAAUAUGUGAUGCCGAGGAUGAAGGCAAAAUUGCGUAUUCAGCCACACUGCCUACAAGUGAUAUCCGAGAAAAUGGGGGCGUGGGCUUGCGAUCCUUACCAAUGCAAGCCGAAGAACUUGGUUUAUCGGAAUCAACUGACGAUAUUGGGGCACGGAUUGAGGUUUGCAUGAUGGCUGUUACGGCUUCCAAGUACAGUAGCUUGAAUAAACGCCUUGAUGAUCACGAUGAUGAGGAUUCCUCAGAAGACGGCACGACAGUAUACCUGCAAAUUUUAGGCGUUCACGGUUUAAAGCAUCGCAUCGAGGCCAUUAUUCGUGUUUCCGUGGAGGGCGAUGGUCAAAGCAGAGAAAUUCUACGUACCCCAAAAGUUUUCCCCAAGACUCGUUCGCCGUCUUGGCCAGGGCAAGGUAGUUUCUGUGCGGUUAAAAGCGAUGGUGUUGUUAGCUUUGACUUGUAUCACCGUGAUGCGUUUUUGGCGUCGUAUGAAACCCCGGCGGAUAUUUUGGCCUUUGGUGGAACAGGCAUAUAUACCUUCCCUUUACUCAGGGCACAAGGGGGUCCAGACGAAGUCUACGGUAGUCUUUCGGUGUCUAUUCUUGGUCUUAAGGCGACUUCUGUGGAACGGCAGGCGUCGUGUCGGCCAUCCAGGGUUCUCUUAUUACACCUGGACAGUUUGCAUUUAACAUCGGAUUUGGAAGAGUUCACACCUGAUCCUUUUGUUAUUGUGCGUGGAGUGAACGGAGAAGUCAUACUGCGCACCGCAUUCAGCUUUAGCACGCACAAUGUAAAAUGGACGGAGGAUGAGGCAUCGUGCUUUAUCAUGUGUCCCACGCUUGAAGGGUGUUCGGUCAUCUACCGGCUUGAGGUAUACGACAACAAUGAGUCUAAUAAAAUUGGCACUGCAGAGAUGACGGUGACCCCAAAUGGAACACGGCGUCACCGUAUGGAGCUUCCCGUGGGAACUCGUGGGGCUUUGACUGUGGUGUCUCAUUCGUUUCCUGUUCAGGAGGUUCCGCGACCACCGCCUUCAAGGAGAGGUUCUUUGCUUAAUGAGAGCAACGAGGAAGGUUUCUUGUUAUCCAUCGAUGUCCGUGGGUGUGACAAUCUUCAGGGCACGGGGUUUGAUGACCUUCAAAUUGAUCCGCUUGUCACCGCAAGAAUUGGACGGAGACGCGUGUUGGUUGCACCGCUGGUUUCCGGAAGCACAGUCCCACGGUGGUCGUACCCAAAGGCCACGUUUGUUUUACCCGUUUUACCGGAGCUUUUAAGUCAUUUCACUUUGGAGGUGUGGGAUACAAACAUCGACUUGUCUGACGUACUCGGCGUUGCUCGCAUCUCAAUUAAAGAUCUUUGCCGGACAGGAACACAUCACUUCCCACUUCAACCCCACAAGGAUCAGGAAUUUGGGCGACGACAGAAUCUGGGGACUAUCACACUAAAGACACGCUUUGGGAGAAUGAACGGUGAAAUUAUUUCAGAUGGAUCUUCGGAUUUGCUUUUGACUGGUAGCAGCCGGGGUGGAAGUAUGCUGGACACGCGCCUGUUUCAGACCCCGGGGGACGCAACCGAAUUCCCUGUUACGCGAGUUUGCGUGCACAUUUCCAGCUGCAGUGCUCUUCAGACAGAUGCGUCGAUCAAAUUUAUAAAAGUCACCAUGUCAUGUCUCCAACAUGUGUUGUUGGAGGUGAAGAAGGAGUACGACGCGUCCAGUAGCGUUGCCUGGUCGAUAGGUGAGGCGCACACAGUCAUUGACCUGCGGUCGAUUCACAGACGCCCGCUAUGCUUGAGUGUCGCGUGUAGUUCUUUUUCAUCCGUCAACGAUUACACAGACGUGGGUUCGGCGCUGGUUUCCUUCUCGACACUUGUCUCUGCUUCAGAGGUCAUCUCUGUUCAUAGUUUUUUUCUUACAGACUCACCGAGCGACGAAGAGGGCGUGGGUACAAUUGACAAUGUUGAUCGCACACGAGGCACCAGCGUCAGCGUGGAUACGCCGACUGUCACCAUCACGCUUUUUGCCCUCGAAAUGACACGCCCUUUGAGUACAGGGAGUGGAUAG